UUGUCCUCCUCCUCGAUCCUCUGAGACCCCUCUCUCUCUCUCUCUCUCUCUCUCUCCCAUAGCCGAGGACGAAACCCUAGUAGGUGAACCCCACCUUCCCCCUCCCCCUGCUCCUCCUCCGCGUCCGCCGCCGAUUUCGCCACCGGAUUUGGGAUUUGGUGAGGAUAAGGCCCUUCUCCAUUGUCGGAGCUUGAGGUUUCGCGCGUAGUUUUGGUCUUCGUUGAGCGAGAAGAUGACGGAAGAUCGAAGCCCUAAAGCUUCCGACGAUUCCGCGGCGGUCGCAGGUGCCGCGAAGCAGAGGAAAAAGCGAAAAUGGGACCAGCCUGCAGAGCACUUUAUAUCUGCAGCAGCUGCUGUUCCUGGGUUGCCGGUGGGUUUGGGCGGGGUUGUUGGGAUUUCUCACCCAGCAGCAGUUCCUCUUCCUGUUACUGAUGCUGGAUCCGCACAGCUGUUACAAUCUGUUUCCAUUCCACAGAAUGCUGCUGAAAUCAUUCAAAAAUUAACUCAGCCAAAAAUUCAGGAUGAGUUAAUAGCACGGGAAAUUGUGAUAAAUGAUGCAGAUCCGAUCGUACGAUACAAGCUUACCAAACGCCAGACACAAGAAGAGAUUCAAAAGUGCACGGGUGCUGUUGUCAUUACAAGGGGAAAAUACCGUCCUCCAAAUAGUUUGCCUGACGGUGAAAAGCCACUGUAUCUCCAUAUUUCUGCUGGAUCCCAUUUGAAAGACAUGGCCGAACGUAUUAGAGCAGUUGAUUGUGCAGCUUCCAUGGUUGAGGAAAUAUUGAAACAAGUGCAGAAUUCACCGUUAGCUUCUAUCCCACUAAAUUUGGUCCAAAGUAAUGGGCAGGUUUCUCAUCCUCUUACUACAUGCUUAUUUUUGGGUUUUGAAGCGGACCCCUCAUCGAAUAUUGCAGCUCGUAUCCGUGGACCAAAUGACCAAUAUAUAAAUCACAUUAUCAAGGAGACAGGUGUACACGUUGAACUAAGAGGACAGGGUUCGGGUGACCUUCAAAACUGUCACUCUGAAGUGCAGCAGCCACUGCACUUGUAUUUGUCAAGUACCAACACCAAGAGUCUUGAAGCAGCAAGGAUUCUAGCGGAACACCUUUUUGACACAAUAGCUGCUGAAUGCGGUGCUUCCAGGAUCCCAUCGUCUAAGGUAUAUAAUGCUGUUCCUCCUCCUCAGCAGUUAUUGGCUGGAGUUCAUGGCUCGGCAAUGGUACCACCAUCUCCUGUCUCGAUAGCACCAUCAACAUCGCAAUGCUUUGCACCAACUGGAGUAUCAGUAUCCACAGGAUAUAUUAUGCCAAGUAAUGUCGUCCAACCGAACAUCGUUAGCUAUGCCCCUCCCUCAGUGACUGGAGGAACACGCUAUGCUGGAUAUGGAGGAAUAUACCCCCAAGCAACUCCUCUUCAGCAAGUUGCUUUAGCACUCAGGCAGGCACCGGCUUCAACUGCUCCUGCUGUUUUAUCCACUAGCUUAUCCGCAAGCACAACGGCGAAGACUUCAAGCACAAGUGCUGAGCCAGACAAACGUCCUCCACAAAAGCGGAAAUUUCAGGAGUUGCUGGUUUCUCCAAAGGGACCUACAGCACCCAGUCAGAACUUACGACAGGGAUCAGAAUUUCUUAAGCCAGGUUCAAAAGAUUCGGGCAUCAGAAGUAUUUCGUCCAUGCCACCUCCAAGGAAGUUAGUGGAGCCUGCAUCGUGUAUGAUGCCCCCGCCGCCUCCAUUGAAUAUGCCGCUGCCUCCACCUCCAAGGAACAUGUCUCCACCGCCACCUAAAUUUUUUGCACCUCAAUCAGCUCCAAAGAUUGAGAGCAGCAGCUUAUGUUUGAAUGACUCAAUACCGCCGCCAUUAUCCACAAGGACUGCUGCAACAAAAUCCUCAUCAGUACAAUCUCCUCCAAAGAAGCAAGUCACUGCAAAUACAAAUGGAGAGUCUGUUUCAGAUACACUGCUGAAGCUGAUGGAGUAUGGAGACGAGGAUGACGAUGCUGAUGAAGCUGAAGAACUCGUGAAGAGCAGUCCAGUUCCAAAAUCAGUGCCGAAACCGUUUUGGGCUGUGUAAUUUUGAUUGUGCAUUGUCAUAGUUCUUUGGAGGAAUGCAGGGUAAAGAACUAAAGUCGUUUGCCACUCUAUCAUUUGUCGCAGCGUGGCGUUUAUAGGUGGAUUAUAUUGGCAAAAAGGUCGAUCUUGCAACGGCCAAACCCUCUGCUGCUGCAGCUGCCGUUGAAAUGGUGGCAAAUUUUGGCAUAUGUUGGCGAUGAAGAUAUUAAUCAUUUGAGACGAGUUUAGGUACAUAUCUCCUGCUUUUUUCUAAUGUGGGAGAUGGGAAUGAAUGCCUCAUCUUUUGAGACUUUUUCUUCUCGUUUUCCUUAAAUGUAGUGCAUAUUGAUGAUCGAGGUGAUUGAUCAUUGUGUAAUACUAAAUGAUUUUUGCACUUGUUAUUGGCGUUUCCUUUUAAGAUUUGAGCUUUGUUGGUAAUUAA